AUGGAGACUGUGGAUGAGCAACUGGUGUACAGCUUCUCUCUCAACUACACCCCGAAGCCGCUGGCCAACACCCCCAUUGUUAGAAUGAAUGGCGCUGUUGUGGGUCUCGAGUGUCACUACAUGAGGCUCUACAAUGUGAGCAGCAAUGCCCUGAAGCCCACCUGGGUCCCUUACACCUCCACCAAGUCUGCUGAGGAUCUGCUGGGCUUCUCCCUGAGAAAAGCUGUGUGGCCACCUUGGUCCUUGACCAGACCUCCACCCCCAGCUACUCCUUCA